AUGGCCCGGAUAGUAUCCAACAUCAACCGUGUGACCAACCAGCGUGUGAACCUUGCGGAUAAAGAUAGAGGCGUCCACGUAUCUUAUACGAUAUCCAAAGAUGAAUUACGGUACGACGAUGAAUUCUCCGAAUCCAUCGGAGGCCCUAAUAGUUACAAGACUUAUGCACACUUGAAAGGCUUGCGGCGUAUUCAGGCAUCCACAGGGAUCGAAGGUCGAAGUAGGAGCCCCAAACGCUUAUCCGGCUUGAAGUUCGAUUACUAUGGCGCACCUUCAGCUAUAGUAAGACAGUGGAUGGAUGACGAUGAUGUUUUUGAGCUCUCUGCAGACGAGAACAUUCAAUCCAUAACGGUCUGGUUAACUACAAUCCAAAUCGCUCGCCUGGCAUCCCAUUGGCCAUUGGCGACAAGGUCAAGUCCCAGCCGUACGGUUCGAGGCGACCUCUGCGCGCGAACUGUGAUGUUUCAGUCUUCAGAAGUGGAUUCCUUUUCAUCGAAUGACAUGCAGAUCCAAUAUCAAAGAGGACCUAAUCAAGAUCUUGCCAGCAUUUCUUGGGUCUUGAAUUCAUCAUAUGGUCGAGUCCGUGCCGUCAUUUUAGAGAAAACAGCUAGAACCUUGAGCGUGAUCCCGGGGCACUUCUUGCCGUUUGACCAAGCGCAGAAAAUCUACUUUCAAAGAAAAGCAGAAGUCGGCCACAGGACCAGAUCAUCACUGCCCAUGGCUACUUCCACGACAACUCGUUUCUUGGUCUUGUAUUCCGCUAUGGCAUCUGGGACAAUGGGGCGAGCAGGCGAUAUUGACAUGGUUGCUGAUGCGCAUCAAACUCUUGAAUCUCCGCCUGUCUCCCAGGUCGUUGGUAUGUUUGUUGGAAUUAGACGUCAUCACAUUCAGAGUCUGAAGUGCAAAACUCUGGAGUUUGCAGUGAAGCCUUCGGACGAGCAGGAUGUGCCUUUCGGAAAGACAUGCAUAUUGUUUAAAGACAAGGCGUCAGCGGCAGAUUACACACCAAUAUCCCAUACGGAAUUGGUAUAUGGACCCCCAAAGGAGUCUCAUAAGCUCUCUGGCUAA